AUGAUCAACGGUAGCGACCAAGAAGUCUCGUCUUAUACUACUCAAUCGAAAAAGAUGCUAGGGAUUGAAUUUCUCUGCGAGAGAUCUCUCUCUUCUCUUGAGAUUCUGGCGGCCUGGACGAUACUCAUCAAAGACUACGUUGGACCAUCCGAUGUCGGUUUCAGCUUUACAGACACUACCACUUCCAUUAGUUCAUCCAACAGUACGAGUAAGCCCAUUGUUCUAGAAAUAGACGAGGGGAUGGAUUUGCAACAAUUAUGUGCCCGCAUCAAGACACAGUUAUUGCAAGAGGAGAUUGCGAAUGACUCAUCUCAUUUGUCGUCAUCAUUCCGAACACAUCUUUGGAUUACCGAUGAAGAUUAUGAGUUGUCAGAAAGAGAGCAUGGAAAAAAGACGAAUGGAAAAUGGACUCCAGCUUCGCUCAUUCAGGAUCUUGAUUUGACCAUAAAGUGCACAUCUCUGAACAAUGGGAAAGCAUUCCUCUUUACGGUCAUUCCGGAGUCGCGUGGACUUAGUAGGACACAGGCGACGAGGAUAUCGCACCAGUUGCAACAUCUGCUGGGCAAAAUUGAUGUACAGGCGAUGGAAGAACGGCUGGUAUACAAGAUAGAUACAGCCAGUGACUCUGAUAUUCGUCAAAUCUGGCGGUGGAAUUCCCAUAUGCCACCGAGUGACGACAGAAGCGCGCUAGACUUUUUCAAGAAGCAUGUUAGAAGCUUCCCAGAUGCCCCAGCUAUCAAUGCCUGGGAUGGAAGCCUGACCUAUGCGGAAUUAGACAAGUUAUCAAGUGCCUUGUCCAGACGUUUAGCUGAUGCCGGAAUUGGUCAAGGAAAUAUCGUUCCGUUAUGUUUUGAAAAGUCUAAGUGGACCCCUGUCGCGAUUUUGGCAGUUUUAAAAACCGGCGCGGCCUUCGUUUUGGUGGAUGAAGUCUUGCCUGAGGAUAGGCUACGCCAGAUAUCCCAAAUACUAUCACAAGAGAUUAUCGUCGUCGUUGCUUCGCUGGGGCAGAAACAUCGAGCGAAGAUUCUCAGUUCCCGAAUCAUCACGGUCGAUUUCUUUUCCCUUGGAAGCGGACCAGAGCCUCAUACAGAUUUUCCUCAACCUAAUGUGAAAUCAACAGACCUGAUAUGUGUUGUUUUUACAUCGGGUACAACGGGAGUUCCGAAGGCUGCGAUGAUCAAACAUUCCAACUUGUGUGCUUUUUCCUCAUUGGUAGGAGCAGGGCUCAGUGCCGUGAAGAGUGACUCACGAGUCUUAGCUCUAGCCUCGUACUCAUUUGAUGUCUCUGUUGGCAACAUUUUCAUGAGUUUGUUGAACAGAGCCUGUCUUUGCAUCCCUUCCUCAUGGGAAUGCAAAAACGACGUUGCCAACCUAGUUCAGAACUAUGAAGUGACACAUGUCGUAACUACUCCCUCGAUAUCCAAGAUGCUUCAGCCUUCAAAAUGUACCACUCUGCAAGUACUAGAUCUUGGUGGUGAGGCAUGCAGUGAAGACGCCCUUGCUCCGUGGCGAAAUACUGGAGUUCGUGUGAUAAACAGCUAUAGUCCAGCUGAGUGCACUGUCGAGUCGGUCCUUCACGACAAUAUUCUCCUUUCACCGAAACCGUCCAUCAUUGGAAAAUGUAUUGGUGCUACUUGGAUCAUGGAUCCAGUCGACCGGAAUCGCUUGGCUCCCGUUGGAGCAGUCGGAGAGUUGGUAUUAGAAGGACCUCAGGUUGGACUGGGGUACCUUCAUGACCCGAAGACUACACUGGAAAAAUUUAUCGAGGACCCCGAAUGGUUAAUGAACGGUCUUCCUGGCAUUACAGCGGGUCGUAAAGGUCGUCUCUACCGGACAGGAGAUCUUGUUCGUUAUACUGAUGACGGUUUGAUCGACUAUAUUGGACGACGCGACUUCCAAGUAAAAAUUAGAGGACAGAGAGUGGAGCUCGGCGAGGUUGCUGCAAACCUACAACGAUUUAUGCCGUCCUCAAUAAAGUGGUGCCCGGAAGUGAUCAAAACAAAAAACGGAACUGAUAUGCUCUGUGUAUUCGUGGUAUUACGGCCAGGGGAAGCAGCCACGACGAGGGACGUCUUGCAAUCCAUCGCAGAUCGUGUCAACCCUCAACUAAGAAAAAGACUGCACCCAUCUAUGGUUCCAGGCGUCUUCGCACCCAUUGAGGAGAUUCCGCUCUCAUUGACUGGAAAGACAGAUCGUCGAGCAUUGAGGCAGAUUGGUUCAUCCUUGUCCAGGGACCAAAUGCUCUUCGUACAGGACACCUCUAACGAGCUCUCGUUGAACGGCGGUGCGCUGAAUCAAUCCAUGAAGUAUCCCAACCACGCUUCUGAUCACACAAAUAGUACUAAUGAAGAGAUGAAGUUAAGGAUACUAAGAGAGGUCUGGAGCGAAGUGCUCGGGGUGGACCUGGCAAACAUUCGAACGUCGGAUACAUUUUUCGGCCAUGGCGGAGAGUCUUUGACGGCCAUCAGAUUUGUCGGUGCUGCAUCCCGCAAAGGAAUCCAACUAGAUGUGGCAUCGAUAUUCCAGCAUCCCCAACUGUCUGACUUGGCUUCUCAUGCCAGGCUACGCCGCAUCACAUUGACGGAGUCUCCAAAGCCGUUGUCACUAUUGGAUAGUCCAGUAGAUGUGCUACCGGAGGUAGCCGUCGCCUGUGGGACAUCUAUAGAUCGAAUUGAAGACGUAUACCCAUGUACCCCUCUACAGGAGGGUUUGAUUACCGCCGACAAUGUUCAUUCGUCCGUGUACACGGGAAGAGGCCAUGUACUUCUUCCAGAAGAUCUUGACGUGCAGCGAUUCAUACAAGCGUGGCAGAGAGUCAUGCUCUUUCAUCCAAUUCUGCGCACCCGAAUUGUGGAUACGCAAUCGCAUGGUCUUCUACAGGUCGUAUUGCGCGAAAGUGACUUGCUUCCAGAAGUUCGAAAUACGGACCUCGUAACUUAUUUAAAAGAGGAUGGUCGCAAGAAAAUGGGCCUCGGAACAAAACUUUGUCGCUGGGCUAUCGUACGCGAACCUCAAGCAUUCUAUUUCGUUCUUACAAUGCACCACUCAAUCUACGAUGGUUGGACUCUUCCACGGAUCGCGGUCGAGCUCUUCAAGGCUUAUCAGGGUGUGAGAAUUGAGACCGCUGUUGGAUUCAAUGUUUUUGCCAAAUAUUUAAAAGAAACAUCCUGGCAAUCUGCGCGCGAAUUCUGGGCCCAUCAGCUUGCGGAACCCCAAAGAACAACCGUGUUUCCCGCGAUUCCUCUUACCAUCCAGGAACCGCGAGCUGAUUCAUCUAUGUUAAAGACCUUUUUCAUUUCAGCUCACGGCUACCAAAGCAUAUCCAUGCCAUCUUUGCUUAGGGCCGCUUGGGCCUUGCUCAUUUCAAAACUUUCCUUCAGCGACGACAUCACAUUCGGCGCAACUGUGUCUGGUAGAAAUGUGCCCAUUACCGGAAUUGAAGAUCUCACGAGCCCUACGAUUACUACCGUGCCCGUAAGAGUCAAAAUCGAUAGAAACAGUUGCGUUAGUGACUUCGUUGCUAAUAUACAAAACGAAGCCGUCAAAGCAAUGCCCUUUGAGAAUCUCGGUCUCCAGAAUAUCCGAAAGAUUAACUCAGAUACACGCCUGGGAAGCAGGUUCCAGACGCUCUUCAUCGUGCAACCGCCAAAUAACUCCAUUUGGGAUUUAUCGCUGAAUACAAGCCCACCGGAGCAAGAGCUCAAGACAAAGUUGCAGUCCCUGGACAUCAGCAGUAUUCUCUCUGAUUUCAAUGAAUAUGCCUUGAUGAUUAUUAUUACGCAGAAGAAGGGGGAACUUAUUGUUGAAGCCAGUUACGAUUCGAGAAUUUUGGAUCCCCGAGAGGUGAAGCGCCUACUCGACCAGUUCUCUCAUGUGACAGAGGAGAUUUGUCGCCCCGAAAACAUUGACUGCAGUUUGCAGGAAUUAUCUUUUACCAGUACCAAUGAUGUCGAGGAGGUCUGGCAAUGGAAUGCCGUCCCAUGUGAUGGCAGACAAGAAUACGUUCACCAAAUUAUUCAGAACAAAAUCAAUCUUAGUCCACAGGCCCAGGCUAUCUGUGCUUGGGAUGGGACAGCAACCUAUGAGGAAUUAGACAAGCACUCAGCGCAUUUAGCAUAUGUCCUGCAACAAAAUGGAGUUGGUCGAGGUAGCUUGGUACCUAUUUGCAUGGAAAAGUCAAUAUGGGCAGCGAUAGCCAUGUUAGGAAUUCUCCGAGCUGGAGCCGGGUUCGUUGCAAUAGAUGUUAUACAUCAGCCAGAGCAGCGUAUUCGUACAAUCGUUGAUGAAGUCAAGGCAGAUGUAGUUGUCACGGCUGGUCCAGCAAUGGCAUUGGCGGGGAGAAUAUCAAGGAAGAUUAUUGCGUGCGACCAGCUUAGAUAUGAAAGUACAAUGCGCAAUAAAACGACUAUCAUUUCUUCAACACCUUCUGAUACGGCAUUCGUGGUGUUCACGUCUGGAAGUACAGGUCGCCCAAAGGGAAUCAUCAUUACCCACGAAAAUUUCUGCUCAACCAUUGACGUACAUCAACAGGGACUUGAAUUAUCGGAAACGUCGCGCGUGUAUGAUUACGCCUCGUACAGCUUCGAUAUUGCCGUGCAUAAUACCUUGAUGACACUCGCUUCAGGAGGGUGCGUGUGUAUUCCUAGCGAAGAUGAUCGCGAGAAUGAUAUCGAAGGCUCUAUUGAGCGUUUGCAAGCAAACUGGGCGGACCUUACCCCAUCAGUAGCGCGCCUCAUUGAUCCAACUGCGGUUCCAGCUCUUCAAGUUUUAGUACUCAGCGGUGAGGCCGUUGGCAAAGAUCUGGUACAGCUGUGGGCAGCGAGAGUGAAACUCAUUAAUGCCUAUGGCCCUGCUGAAUGUCAAAUAUGCACAAUACAACGGAGCGUCACGAAUCCUGACCAUGCUUCCAACAUUGGUCUCGCUGUCGGUUGCAACACAUGGAUUGUAGACCCAGAAAGCAACUCCCUGUCAGCAAUCGGAGCUGUUGGCGAACUGGUCAUUGAAGGUCCUAUCGUCAGCCCAGGCUAUAUUAAUGAGCCCGGAGAUUCUUUCGUUAGCAACCCGCCUUGGCUCUUAAAAGGCUCAGCAACCGUGACAGGACGUCGAGGCCGGGUGUAUCGAACAGGGGACCUUGCAUGUUACAUGGCGGAUGGCACAAUUCUAUAUUGCGGGAGAGCGACCACGCAAACCAAGAUCAAUGGGCAGCGUAUUGAACUCAGUGAAAUUGAAUAUCACAUCAAGCAGGCAAUUCCCGAUCUGAGUGGGGUGGUGGCUGACACAGUCAACUUUGAUGGUGACAGCGACAGCUCUCUAACCGCGUUUCUUGUUUAUGCAACCAGCAGCAAUCCAGCACGCGGUCUUGAGACCAACGCAGAAUUGACCGUGAACUUAUCAACUCCUCUUCCGGGUUUGCUAGAGAAACUGAGCAAGACACUUCCAGGAUACAUGAUCCCAGUCGUCUUCCUCAACGUCUCACACCUUCCCUUGACACCAACUCGAAAGAUUGACCGGCGAAAGCUAAAGGACCACGCUUCGCGAAUCUCGAGGAAGGACGUUCUUCAUCUCGAUGAACAAGAGUUUACCAUGAGUAAAACAGCCCUCGAUGAGCACCAAGUGAAAAUGGUUCGCGCCUGGGCACAAGUUCUCAAAAUUGAGCCAUCGAAAAUUGGCCUCUACAGUGACUUCUUUCAGUUAGGUGGAGACUCUAUUUCCGCGAUGCGUCUCGUGGCAUAUUUGCGUAAAGCUGGAUAUUCCAUUAAGGUGAGCGAUGUCUUUCGACAGUCUCGCCUCGAUCGUCUGGUCGAUGUACUCGAUAUGAGGUCUGUCGGAACCAGCCAACGAUCCGUACCUGCAUCGGCCCAAGCAAGUGAGCCAUUUAUGUUAGUGCCGCGUGACGAGCAUCUGACAUUGAUAUCAUCAGCAGCCGCUGCCUGCAACGUCAACCCAAGAGACAUCCUCGAUCUUUAUCCCUGUACACCGUUUCAAGAAGGUGUAUUUGCACUCACUUCUAGUGACUCAGCUGCGUACGUUCAGCAUGCAGAGAUCAAAUUCAGUAAAAAAUUGCAUUUUGACCGGGUUCUCGCCGCUUGGAACGCAGUGAUUGAACAAACUCCAAUUUUGAGGACUCGUAUAGUCCAGUUAGAAGGCGCUUCAUUGAUGCAAGUGGUUGUUCGUGAGGCACCCGAAUGGAAGUGGUACGAAACAGCAAAGGAAUAUCUUGAUCACGCAGGUAGCGUCGCCAUGAGUAUAGGCGACCCUUUGUCACGCUUUGGUCUCCUCCGAGACGACUCAGAAUCUUCUCCAGAAUACUCGAUCUUUUGGACCGCUCAUCACGCUGUGUAUGACUCUUGGACAAUCGAGCUAAUUUUUCGUCAAGUAACAAGUCUUUAUCAUGGGGAGGGAAACUUGGACUUAGGUCCAAAUUAUGGACGCUUUGCAAGAUUCCUCCGUGAUCAACAGAGAUCCAGCGAAGAGUGGUGGAAACUCAAUCUAUCUAGUGCUUCGAGUGCUGCAGUAUUUCCCAAACGCUCUCUGACAAAAGAAAAGAGGAGUUCGAAGAAUCAAAUAAUCAAGAAGAUGAAUGUUACGUUACCUCAGGUAAUCCCUGCAGGAUAUUCAAUAGCUAUCCUUCUGCGCGCAGCCUGGGCUGUUCUAAUCGCUCGUUACACAGGUGGUGACAAAGCAUUAUUUGGAGAAACUCGGCUUGGUCGAGGCGUUUCUCUACAGGGAGUGGAAUCUAUGAAAGGUCCAACAACUGCAUCAGUUCCGGUUUUGGUGCAUGUGAAUCCGGAACAGACCAUUGCAUCUCUCCUCGAGGCAGUUCGCGAAUCAAGUAUACAGAUGCAGGAAUUUGAACACUUGGGACUGCAGAAUAUUGCCCGAUUGACCGAGGAUUCAAGGGCAGCGUGCAACUUUCAGUCACUCAUUCUUCUCUACGAAAGCGAGGUGGUUACCGAGGUCACUAGUAGUGAUUCUUUCUUUAGAAUUGAUCACGCUAUCGAUGAUCUUCGUAACUUCAAUGCUUGGCCUUUAAUGCUUGUAUUUCAUCAGCGUUUACAGGACCUUUCUGCGGAAGCUUUGUUCGAUGAGACCGAGAUUUCGUCAAACUUCAUUGAGCUAUUACUACAGCAAAUGCAGGGGAUCUUAAACAAUCUAUGCAGUUUUUCAGGUACCACCCUCAUUCGAGAUCUUGACAAGGCCUACAAAGAGGACUUGGCUAAAAUCUGGGAAUGGAAUGCGGGUUAUCCUGAAAUGGCGGAUGAGUUACUGCACAAUCUGGUCGCAAAACAAGCCCGACGAACCCCUGAUAAAGUCGCCGUGACUUCCCAUGAUGGACAAAUGACUUUCAAAGAAUUGGACGAAAUCUCGUCAAGUCUAGCAUUGACACUUCGCAAUAUGGGAGUCGGACAUAAUUGCGUUGUCCCUCUAUGCUUUGAGAAGUCGGUACUGGUUCCACUCGCGAUGUUAGCUGUCAGCAAAGCGGGGGCUGCUUUCAGUGCAAUGGAUAUAACAUACCCUGAGGAGAGACUGAAAGUCAUUUCAAGCUCUUUAGGAAUGAAUCUUAUUUUAGCCAGUCCGUCACAAGGAGAACUUGCCAAACGACUUGGUGGCAAUGUGUUCAUAGUCGACUCUAACAGUUACAUGGGCACAGCCGACACCGGCCGAGACCAUUUCGAUGAAGUCAGGAUCAGUCGAAAAUCUGACCAGCUAAUGUAUGUAUGCUUCACUUCCGGAAGCACUGGCGUUCCGAAAGGGGUGAUGAUCACACAUCGAAAUCUUGCAUCGGCAGUGGCUGCUCAGGGUCGUGUUUCUCUCGGCAUUAGAUCUGAUGAUAGGGUCUAUGACUUUUCUUCCCAUGCCUUUGAUGUUAAUAUCUGGAGCACCUGGGUAGCGCUCGCUGUUGGGGCAUGUGUUUGUAUUCCUUCUCACGAAGAGCGUGUGGGAAAUUUGGCCGGAAGUAUCACCUCAUUCCGGAGCACAACAUUAUUCUUGACGCCAUCGGUGGCCCGGACCAUAGAACCCACAGAGAUACCAACAGUCAAGAGACUAUAUCUGGGUGGAGAAGCAGUAACCCCCGUGGAUGUAAGUCAGUGGCAAGAGCACGUUGAGUUAUGGGGUGCCUUCGGACCAACAGAGACUACGCCGCUCUGUAGCUUCUCUCGUUUAGAUGGCCCGGAAUCUGCCACUAAUAUUGGAAGAGGUGUCGGAGUCAAUACGUGGAUCUGCGACCCGGAUAAUAGUAAUCAACUCAUGGCAAUUGGAGCCGCAGGAGAGCUCUUAUCCGAAGGGCCUUUGGUGAGCCCGGGCUAUCGAGGCCUCCCUGAACGAACAGCUGCAGCGUUCAUAGAGGAUCCCGAAUUCCUGCUCCAGGGAUCGGCAGAGGUACCUGGACGACGCGGGAGACUCUAUAAGACGGGCGAUCUAGUUCGAUAUUCCUUUGACGGAACAAUUGAAUACAUUGGGCGAGUAGACACUCAAGUCAAGCUACGUGGUCAAAGAGUGGACUUUGGUGAAAUCGAAUAUCACUUGAAGAAAGCCUUACCUGAUAGCACUGCAAUCGUCUGUGAAAUUGUCCCACAUCCCUCCACGAAACUCCCUUUGCUCGUCGUGUUUUGCGAAUUCUCAACUCCGACUGCGUCCGCGCUAGACAAGAUCGGAGUGCAAGCAUAUCUUCGCAAUCGACUUCCACCAUAUAUGAUACCUGAACAACUUUUCACAAUCCCUCAAAUCCUAAAAGGCGCCUCAGGUAAAAUCGACCGACAACAAUUGAAACUACUUGGUUCACAAAUGCUGGAGAUAUUCAUCUCGAAUGAGGUUAACUCUACUUUCAAUCGUCUACGAGGACCAUUCACUCAAAUGCAAGAUUUGCUUGAAAGAUUGUGGUCUAUUGCUCUCGGUCAGGUGGACAUGGUCGUGUCUCUCGACAGCGACUUCUUUCAUAUUGGAGGAGACUCAGUUGCCGCCAUGAAGCUGUCGAAUCUGGCAAGGAAGCACGACUUGCGUCUCACCGUGAAGGAUGUGAUAGAAACCCCUGAUUUGCUCUCGAUGGCGGGCAGAUUACAGCCGAUUGAAGUUCAAUCAGAUUGGCCACGACCAUUUUCCCUCGUUGAGCCAUCCCAUACCAACCAAACCCUGACCAAGGCUGCUACCAUCUGUGAUAUAUCGGCGGACUCAAUUUCGGAUAUCUAUCCAUGUACUCCACUGCAAGUUGAGCUCUUCGCUCUCACUAUGAAACAGUCUCAGGCCUACAUGAAGCGGUCCGUCUUCGAGGUUCAAGGUGAUGUCUCCGUUGACAAACUAAUUCAAGCUUGGGACACGGUCAUGAAUAUCAAUGCAGUGUUACGAACGAGAUUCGUAGAAAUAAACGGCCUUGGGCUUUUACAAGUCGUUGUCAAGGACCAUCAAUGGAAACACUAUGACAGCAUCGACUCUUAUCUAUCCUCCUCAGCACAGAUUAAACCCGAUCUUGGAAAGCCCUUGUCGCAACUUUCAAUCGUCUCCGAUAGUAAGUCCACCAAGAUUGUGUGGACGAUCCAUCAUGCUCUUUAUGAUAUGUGGUCUAUUCAGAUCAUACAAGACCAACUCUGCAGAGCAUACCAGGAUCGCUUCAUACCACGCCCUCCGCGUUUUAGCGGAUUUGUUCAAUAUCUUCAAUCUCAGAAUGUUGAUGAGGCAAGAUUAUACUGGGGAUCGCGCCUGGCAGGAUGCAGGGAAGUCACAAUCUAUCCCAGCCUGCCGUCAUUAACAUAUCAGGUACGGCCUAGCAAGACGUUCAAACGCACAUUACGAGACACCGCUGGGUUUAGAGGCAACAUUCAGGCAAAGAUCCAUGCCGCGUGGGCUUUAAUUGUGUCCAAACUAUCUGGAUCGGACGAUGUUGUCUUUGCCGCUACGCUGGCUGGACGGAACGCUGCAGUCGAGGGCCUUGAACAAAUGGUGGGGCCAACGAUCACGCCAGUACCAAUCCGCAUUCAACUGGAGACUCUGUUUCAGUGUUCAGUGGAACAUUUGCUAGCUGAAAUUGAGAAAAGCACUGCAGAUAUGGCGCCAUAUCAACACAUCGGUAUGAAGAACAUCGAGGUUAUUAAUGCUGAUACAAGGGCGGCGUGCAAAUUUCAAACACUUAUUGUUGUGACUCCGCCAGAAACUACUGUUGAUAAUGCGGAUAUUAUACGAACGUCAACGUACGAUAUUGAGAGCUUAGAAGGUGAUGCUUUCCAUACCUUUGCGCUGGUUUUGUUCUUUUUUCCUAAAAAAAAAGGUAUCGAUCUUGAAAUUGUUUUCGAUCCGAUGGUAUUGGAAUGGCGAGAAAUAGAGCUGCUAGGCAGUCGAUUAGAGGCGACCAUUUCGGCUCUUACUAGCAACAACAAAGUAGUAUCUGAUGUGGAUUGUCUAGGACAAGAAGAUCUACAAGAUAUCUGGAAAUGGAAUGCCACACUACCUGUGGCUAGCGAGCAGACCGUUGACGACCUUAUAUUAAAGACCGCAAGAAUGUUCCCCGAGAAAGUUGCCAUUGAUGCAUGGAACUGCAAGCUAUCCUACUCACAACUCGAUAGCCUUUCGUGGAAUUUGUCAACGCACUUACGCUGCCACAAGGUUGGAAGAGGCAGUGUUGUACCGAUUCUGUCGCCCAAAUCCGGCUAUGUUCCCAUCGCUGCAUUGGCUGUUCUUCGAACAGGGGCGGCUUUAUUACCACUCGAUUUCUCUCAACCUUUCCAGCGCCUCCAGUCAAUUAUACAACAGGUCGCGCCACAGGUUGUCCUAGCUUCAGAAUUAUCAAAUGAAAUUGCAGAUUAUCUAGAAGCCUCUGUAUUGAUUAUUGAAGAUUGUUUGAAAUCAUCCGUUCUUGAUGGUUCAAAGGCGAAAGACGAGUCCCUGUCGUAUCUGGAUGAUGUCGCAUGUGUUCUGUUUACAUCCGGCAGUACAGGAACCCCCAAGGGAGUCAUGCAAACUCAUCGGGCACUCUCGUCUGCAGUAACCCACCAAGGUGUCGAAUCUGGAUUCAAUGAAGGAACCCGAGCAUUCGAAUUCGCUUCAUACAGUUUUGACGUUAGCUGGAAUAUGAUAUUCAAGAUCCUUGCUGUAGCAGGUACUCUUUGCAUCCCCAGUGAUGAUGAAAGGAACAAUGACCUUGUCGGAUCCUUAAACAGAUUCUCUGCCACCCUCAUCGAGCUGACAGCGUCGGUAGCCCGCCUGAUCAACCCUAACCAAUUGCACUCGCUCCAAACGUUGAUCUUAUCGGGAGAACCUGUAUUUGCACAAGACUUUGAACAUUGGAGACGAACCGUGAGGCUAGUUGUGUGCUACGGCCCGUCCGAGUGCACGUCAGUGUCAACUAUGAACCCUGGUCUGCACAUCGAUUCCAACAAAAACGGCAUUGGAAAGGGCUAUUCCUGCGUAACAUGGAUCGUCGAUCCCCAUAAUCACCAACGGUUGAUGCCCAUCGGAGCCGUCGGUGAAAUUCUCAUAGAUGGACCAAUCGUUGGAGAAGGUUAUUACAACAACGAGGCUCUCACUAAUGCUUCGUAUGUCUCUGAUCUUCCGUGGAUAAAGGCUGGGUAUGCUGGAAUCGUUGGACGGUCUUGCAGAGUAUUCAAGUCUGGUGAUCUUGCACGCUAUGAUCUUAAUGGAAACAUUCAUUUUGUAUCCCGAAAAGAUACUCAAGUCAAGUUGCAUGGUCAGAGAAUUGAGCUCGAAGAAGUACAAUUUCACGUACAGAAAGCUAUGGAAGGCAUGACUGGACCAGUAGUUUCAUGUUUACUGGAUGAUCCAGGAAGCAAGGAACAGAGGCUCGUGGCCUUUAUAAGCAGCAACGAUGCAGCAACCGGAAACGCCUGUGAAAUACUAGUCCCAGGAACCGCCCUUUUGGAAUCUGUACACGCACUUGACGAGAAGUUGGGUGCUGUCCUGCCUAAAUAUAUGCUCCCAUCACUCUACUACUUCAUCAACACAAUUCCACGCACAACCAAUGGCAAGGUGGACAGGAAAAAAUUGGUGCGGCUUGCUCUCGACGCACAACAAAGCCAAGUUUAUCGAGGCAGGCCAGCCCAAGACGGACCACGUCGCACGGCCUCCAGCCCGAUGGAAAUUAAGAUGCAACAACUCUGGUCGGCGGUGCUAGGGGUACCACCUGAGUCUAUUUGGGCGGACGAUAACUUUUUCGAUCUCGAUGGUGAUUCAAUAGGUGCAAUGAGGCUAGUCGCCGCUGCCCGUAGUGAAGGCUAUGAAUUGCGUGUCUCUGAUGUCUUUGAGAGCCCCAGACUUUCACAGCUGGCACCUAAGCUGUUAUCCAAAGUCGCAAAUUACCAAUCUCGACUCAACAUGACUGAUUUUGAACUUCUUGGUGAGUCGGUAAAUAUCACUGCCGUUCGAUCAGAAGCUGCAUCCAGAUGCGCCAUACCAGAUCCAAAUAUGGUCGAGGACAUCUAUCCUUGCACCCCGCUCCAAGAGAGCAUGCUGGCGGCAACCAUCAGGGACCCUAGUGCAUUUAUAAGUAUGCGACUUUAUGGUAUUCCUGAUGAAAUAGACAUUAAGCAGCUACAAUAUGCUUGGAAAACGAUUGUGACUCGGCACCGCAUCCUUCGUACCCGCCUUGUUGACCUCAGUAAUCAUGGUCUGAUUCAGGCUGUGAUCCGUGAAGAACCCCUUUGGAAGACUUAUAAUAGCUUGGGAUCAUUUCUCGAUGGGGCACGAAACAUAACAAUGGGUCCUGGAUCCCGGCUCGUGUGGUGGGCUUUGGUAGGUGAGCCACAACAACGCCGUGUUGUCUGGGUCAUACAUCACACACUCUAUGAUGGCUGGACCUUGUCAAUCAUUGAAGAAGAGAUUAAAAGGGCCUAUCUUGGUCAGAGAUUAGAAGAAGGACAACUUGAUAUGAGACCUCUCAUUAACUAUAUCAUUCAAGAGCCCCAGGAAGCCUCAAUUGCAUUUUGGGGUCAUGAAUUGAGAAACAGCCAGGAAAGCACGGUAUUUCCCUCACUUCCCAAUCACAAUUAUCAGCCAAUGCCCGAUGCAUACUUGGAAACAGAUAUCUCCGUGAAUCUCGCUUUGGCAGGGACGGGCGUAAAUCUCUCCGCAUUCUUCUAUGGCACCUGGGGUAUCUUGGCGUCUCACAUCACAGCAACAAGCAAACUGGCAAUCGGCGCCAUUCUGACUGGACGAAACACGCCGGUAGACGGCAUUGACAGAAUAAUAGGUCCAACUAUCACCACUGUUCCAAUUUUGAUUGAUGUGGAUCCUUCAUUGACUGUAUCAGACUUCAUGGCAAGGCUGGAGCUGAUGACAAUCCGAAGGAUAUCUCACGAACAUCUCGGAGUUCAUAACAUUCGCCAAAUUAGCAGCACGUGUGCUUCUGCAUGCAAUUUUCAGACAGUUUUAGUCAUACAGCCUCCAAGCGCAACAAAUCGUAUCCCCUACAAACACCCAUCAGAUCAGGACAUAGUCAUGGAAGAGUUGGAUGAGACAAAGGUGGAUGGCUUCCCUAAUGGACACGCCGUAUUGAACCAGUAUGGAUUGAUGUUCGAGCUGCUUCCAGUCGGAGACAAGAUGACUGUGCGAGCUAGUUUUGAUUCGAGACUGAUCUCCCAUGCGCAAAUAAACCGGAUGAUAAGACGAUGGGAACAUGUUAUAAAGCAAGUCUCACAUGCUCUCCGCAAACAAGUUGCAGUCAAAGUGGAGGCUAUCGCUUCACUAUGCACAGAGGAUUUGGAAACAAUUUGGAAACUCAACAAAGACUUACCUUGCACUAUCGAGAAUUCUUUCGUUCAUGGCACAAUAUCUGCGAUUGCCCGUCGGCAUCCUGAGGCCCCAGCCAUUGAUGCAUGGGACGGACAACUUACUUACGGUGACCUCGAAACGCUUUCUUCUCGUCUUGCUGAGCGCCUAAUUGAAGCUGGUGUUGGGCCGGGUAAACUUGUACCACUCAUUUUCCGCAAGUCAAUAUGGGCAAAUGUUAGUAUGCUUGGUGUGAUGAAAGCGGGAGGGGCAUUUGUCCCACUUGAUCACCAGCAUCCAGAGGGCCACCUCAGAGCUGUAGUGCAGACUAUUAACACGAACAUCAUACUUUGCUCUGCUGCAACGAGAGACAGAGCUGCUCGGCUCGCGUCUCAUACUAUAAUGGUUGACGAAUCUCUCAGACGAAACAACACCACAACAGUCUUAGCCAGGUCACCCUCUAACGAUGAACGACGCACUUUACAGGGAGGGGAUCUAGCGUAUGCAGUGUUCACAUCCGGUAGUACUGGCGGUGCAAAAGGGGUCAGAAUCAGCCAUACAAAUCUGGCCACAGCAAUACAUUACCAGGUCGGUACUCAGGGAUUCCAUAUCAGCAGUCACACCCGAUCUCUGGACAGCUCUUCAUAUUCCUUUGACGCGUGUAUUUUCAACUUUUUCUAUACUGCCUCACAAGGGGGUUGCUUAUGCGUUCCAAGCGAUGAAGGUCUAAAAGGUGAUCUUGGAGGUUUCAUGGCAGAGUACAGGGUCAAUUGGGCGCAGCUCGUACCGUCAGUUGCUCGUACCAUAAAUCCUGACCGUUUGACUGAUUUAGACACUCUCAUAUUGACAGGAGAGCCUCUAACGCAAGGAGAUAUCGUUACUUGGAGCCAGAAGGUCAAUCUUGUCAAUGUGUAUGGACCGACGGAAUGUACUAUUUUGUGCGCCAUCUCUUCGCAGAUUACUCAUUCUGCCCAAGCAGGAAAUAUAGGUCGAGGUCGAGGAGCAAAUCUUUGGCUCACAGAGAUUGGUAACCCAAACAAGCUUGCCCCCAUUGGAACCACUGGAGAGAUCCUCAUUGAAGGACCAAUCAUUGGUGCUGGAUACCUGGGACCGUAUCAGUAUCCUCUUGUUAAGAACCCUCCCUGGCUUCUCGAGGGUGGAGCCAAUGUCAGUGGCAGGUCAGGGACACUUUUUCGUACAGGUGAUCAAGCACGAUAUGCAGAUGACGGCAGUUUGAUCUUCAUGGGUCGUAUAGGGUCUGAAAUCAAGAUUAGGGGACAGAAAGUAGAUUUGAUCGCUAUUGAAGAUAUCAUGCGACGAUAUAUUCCUACAGAUCUGGAAAUUGUCGCUGAUAUAGUACACUUGCACCUGAAUCAGGCAGACCAAGACAGGCAAAUGCUAUUAGCAUUCGUGAGUGGAACCUGUUCCACCACGGAUGAACUUCAAUCGAAGCUGCACGCCUUGGUACCAGCCCUUAGAGUCGCAAUGGAUGCGGAGCUACCGUCUUACUUACAGCCUGAGGCAUUUGUUCCUCUUCCAACUAUCCCAAGGACUAGUUCAGGAAAAACUGAUCGUCGGCGUUUGAAGGAUAUAGGACAACAACUCCGUCUACAGCAGCUACUCUGGAUCCAAGGCGACACGCUAAAAACAUCAUCUAGCAUGCCGUCUACUGAGGAGGAACAGGUACUGGCAACUAUUUGGGGUGAGCUACUUGGGCUCGACUAUAGUUCAAUCACACGAGAAGACGACUUUUUCAAGCUGGGUGGGGAUUCACUUGGGGUCAUGCGACUGACUACCAGAGCUCACGAGCGUGGUCUCCUGCUGAAACCGAGUGACAUCUUUCAAGACUCCAACCUUGCUACAAUGGCACGGAAGAUGACCCUGUUAUCUGGACUUGCCAGGGGAAUUGAGACUUAUCGUCCGUACAGCCUCGUUCCCGAUAUAACAGACGUGAAAUCUUUCAUCAAGAAUUGUGUCGAGCCUUCGUUGGGAGUUGAGGCCGAUCAAGUGGAAGACAUUAUUCCAACCAAUGGAUUUCAAAUCGAUUACAUGAACGACAAAAACGAGCCGCUUGGCCUCCAAUAUUGCUACCUCGACAUUGGUCCCGAUGUUUCGUGGCCAAAGCUCAAAGAUGCGUGCCGAGCUGUUGUGCAGGCCUUUGAAUGUCUUAGAGCUCGCUUUGUUUACCACCAAGGAAAAUACUACCAAGUUAUUCUUCAGGAUGCGCCAUUGUUAACUGAGGAGAUCUUCACCACUGAACAGGUGACCACAUUUUCCAAUCGCUACUGUCCUGCUGAUGGCCAGCGGGCUACUGUCAACGACAUUUUCACCAAGCUGACUCUCGUGGAUACAGGCGCCAACCGGCGGCGCGUCAUCUUGAGAAUGUCACAUAUGCAGUACGAUGGAUGGUGUACAAUACACAUCUUCAGGGCAAUCGCAACUCUCUUCAAUGGAGGUCAGCUCUCAAAAACGCUCAAAUGGACCGAAUUGUUACAAUAUCGUCAAAGGAUGGCAGACGAUUCCCGCAAAUACUGGCGUGCAUUAUUGCAGGGUACAUCUCAACCUACUCCUCCACUAUUGUACAAACCUAGUACUGGCAAAGAACGUACGCUCAGAACCCAUGCGCUGCCAUAUUUCCAUGCCUCAAGUGACAACAAACGUACACGACCGACUGUUGUGGUCAAUGUAGCUUGGGCUCUCGUCCUCCAACAGCUGGCGGGACAUAGCGAUAUUGUCUUUGGCAAUGUCACAACAGGACGCAACGGUCCCCUGCCCGGCCUUGACUCGGUUAUUGGACCAAGCGUGAAUAUGCUACCCAUGAGACUAUGUCUACCCGCUGAAAAUAAUGACGUGGGGACUAGAAAACAAUAUCUGCGUGACCUUGUCGAGGCUUCUGCACAACAGGUAGAUGAACGCACCACUUUCGAGGGUCUCGACUGGGAAGACACUGUCGAUCGGUGCACAAGUUGGCCAUCUGGAUCACGGUACUCGUCUGCUGUGCAUUUCCGAAAUAUGGCUUUCGAACCUGAGUUGCCCCUGGGAAGCGACGGCGUCGUCAUUGUCUGGCAUGAGCUCAAAGCUACUCCACACUGGACUACAGUCUUGGUGUACCCUGAGAAUGACGUGUUGCGGCUUUGGCUACUUGCUAAUCCUGCUGAGAUAGGUGAUGAUGGUGCUGAUGAGAUAUUGCAUAUGCUGGCAAGUUAUGUGGACGAAAUUGUAGAAGCAUUGCGGCGGUGAUGGCGAUGAGCACAUAGAAUAUACAUUUCUUCUUGUCGUCUAUUUACGAGGUCAGGAGUUAGACCUUAUCGAGGUUGCAUUGUUUAUUUGAUACGAAUCCAAUGUUGGGAAUACUUUCGUAAAAACACACACAUUGCAUUGCAUCUGAGACUACUAGACCGCAUUGCCGUUUGAUUUAUAUGUACAUUACAAAGUUCCAGUUACAACAUUACA